AACUUUAUCGAUAUUUAUGAUUCGCACAUCACAACACUCGACACACAAAUAUUAACCAUAGUAUCAUUCAGAGAGUUAUAUAGUGUGGACCUUAAAAUCGUUAAGGCCAAGAUAAUAUGUACGUCAUACUAAUUGGCACGCUGUUGCUGAGCAGCGCGUGCGCAAACGACGAUGCCCAGUACAUUAACGUGAAAUCCGUGAAGGGUGGUCACAGGGGCGGGGGAACAUACAAUUAUAACCCUGGAGCCAACUAUCCUAAUUUCGGCAGCUAUGGCUUGCGUCAGAACAUGACACAACAUGGCUAUGGAGCUCAGAACGUCUCUCAACAUGGACACGGUGCCCAAAACACGUCACGUCGUAUUGACUUCGAAGUGGGAGUUUGCUACAUCGAAGUACCGACGGCCAGCUUGGUCCAUGACCCUACUCGUACCCCAUUGGGUAAUGGAUCGAGGCCUGACCUCAGCCGUAUUAGAUCCUGCUGUCAAGGAUACAUAAGAAAUAUCUACAACUUCAAAAUCUGUGAUCCUGUUUGCAGUCAAGAAUGCGUGAACGGUCACUGUUCUGCGCCAGAAACAUGCACAUGUUUCCCUGAUCAUGUUAAAAAUGUAGCUGGAUUUUGUAUACCGACCUGUCCGAUAGGAUGUCAGAACGGUCGCUGUAGUGGUGGCGAAUGUUUGUGCAAGGAGGGAUAUAGGCUGGAUUCAGAGAGUAAAUUCUGCGUACCUGCUUGUAAGGAAAACUGUGGUGGUCUAGGAAAUUGUACUGAACCCAAUACCUGUAAGUGUAGAGUAGGAUAUCAACCUACUCCUGAUGGAAACUGCAAACCAGUUUGUGAUAGUUGCGUUAAUGGAGACUGCGUCGCACCGAACGACUGCCGCUGCAAACAAGGAUAUAGCAGAGAUCAACAAGGAAAGUGCAUACCACAAUGUUCUCAGGGAUGUCAACCAGACGGAAGAUGCGUUUCUCCAAACGUUUGUGAAUAUCCAAAUGCAGCAAGGCCUUCAAAUACCCCUCCUCCUUCUCAUCCAACCAAUCCACAAAACCGCCCCAUCUAUCCUGGUGGUGAAUUACCUAGAGGGGACAUAGGAGAGGAUGGAAACCCUGGACAAAGGUACCCUGGUAAAAACAACACAGUUAACGGCACUUUCUCUCAAGAUGUACCUAGAAAUCCAUUAUACCCUGGAAGUCAAGUAUAUCCGGGCAGUCAAGUAUAUCCUGGAAAUCAUGUAUAUCCUGGAAAUCAAGUACAUCCUGGAAAUCAAGUAAACCCUGGAAAUCAACAAAACCCUGGAAAUCAAGUUUACCCAGGAUUCCAACCUAUACCUGGAAAACCAAUUUAUCCUGGAAACCCAGUGUACCCUGAAAAUAACAUGAACCCAGAUCAUCAAAUGUAUCCAGGAAACCAAGUUUAUCCUGGAAUCCAAAUGUACCCUGGAAAUCAAGUAUACCCGGGAAAUCAAAUGUACCCUGGCGUACAAGUUUAUCCUGGUAGUCAGGGUUAUGGCAAUCGAGGCCAAUACGAUUAUCAAGGUCAAUUUGAUGUUCAAAGUGGAAACCACAGAGAAUCCGAAAUUCAAGGUCAAACUAGUUACAAUCAAUUUUCUGAAAGCCAAGUUUCUAGCCAAUGCUCUCAACCGUGUAUCAAUGGCGUUUGUAUUGGAGACAAUAUAUGCCGCUGUAAUCCAGGCUAUUUAUCUGAUGCGAACGAGCCAAAUAGAUGCAUUCCCAAUUGCCCUGGUGGUUGUCCCAAUGGCAUCUGCUCGGCACCUCACUUCUGCAUCUGCAAUGUUGGUUAUUACAAGGACACCAGUGUAAAGGGUCGCCCAGCUUGCGUGAAACGCAUUCGCCGAUCAGUCGACAAUAAGGAACCGCUAAACGUUGCUGAACUUCUCAUAUUCGAUGUACCUGAUUACUGAAGAUUUACAUACCAAUAAUUUUGAUAAAGCUCUUAUAAUUAAUGUA